UGAUGUUCUUCUGCUUCAGGAUCAUCCGUGGCGUUUCAUGAGGGGCGAGUGCGGUUGUCUGGAGGGAGCGAGUGUCAGGGGGAGGUGGAGAUUUAUUUCAGGCAGGACUGGAGGAGAGUUCUCCUGGACUCGUGGAGUCUGUCUGAGGCGUCUGUGCUCUGCAGACAGCUGGGCUGUGGCUCCGUGCUGAACUACCGCUCCUCUCCAUCCACCACUGAACACAAACACAUGUGUGUAACGGGUUUCAGCUGCUCUGGGAGUGAAGCUCAUCUGGGGAACUGCAGCAGUGCACAACCUGUCAACUGCAGCUCCGGGGAACAGCUGUACAUCACCUGCUCAGACCCCGUCUCCAUCAGGCUGGUUGGUUCUGGGGGAGACUGUGCAGGAAGGCUGGAGGUUUUCCACAGCGGCUCGUGGGGGACAGUGUGUGAUGACUCGUGGGAUAUUGAGGAUGCGCAGGUGGUGUGCAGACAGCUGCAGUGUGGAGUGGCCCUCAGUACCCACAUACCAGCCUGGUUUGGUCCUGGAACUGGGUCCAUAUGGCUGAAUGAGGUGGAGUGUGAGGGGAACGAGACGUCCCUGUGGAACUGCAGAUUUCAGCUGUGUGAAGAGGGUGAAUGUGGACACCAGGAGGACGUAGGAGUCGUGUGCUCAGAGUUUAAAGAGAUCCGACUCACGGAGGGCUGUGAGGGGAAUCUGGAAGUGUUCUACAAUGGAACCUGGGGUAAUGUGUGUCACAACGAGAUGGAGCUGGAGUUAGAAACAGCAGAUAUGGUGUGUCGAGAGCUGAACUGUGGAAGACGCGAGCGUUUGGACUCGGCCAGAGCGAGAGUCGAAUCUGCUCCUAACUGGCUGGAUCAUGUGAAAUGUAGGAAACACGACUCUAAUCUGUUGAAGUGUCCAUCUUCACCCUGGGGACAGAACAGAUGUGAUCGUACUGAGGUGGUUCAUAUUACCUGCACAGACGAUGGAACGUCUCUACGUACUCAUGGAACAUGCUCUUCAUUUCCUCUUCAGAAAUAUUGCUCAAAGCACUGGUCUCUCAGGCUGAGUGGAGGAGAGGGAAGCUGCUCUGGGAGGUUGGAGGUGUAUCAUAACGCUACGUGGGGCUCCGUUUGUGAUGAUCAGUGGAACAUCAGGAACGCUCAGGUGGUGUGCAGACAGCUGGGCUGUGGGUCGGCGCUGAGUGCUGAUAGGAAUGUUAGUUCUGGUCCUGGUGAAGGGACUAUCUGGCUGAACAGAGUGAAGUGUCGAGGGGAUGAGAUUCACCUGUGGGACUGUCAUCAUUCCCUGAAGAACCACACUGACUGCUCUCCUGCUGGAGUCACCUGUGCAGGUCAGAGGGGUGUGCUAACUUUUCAGCUUCCUGUCUCCACUCAUUACACUUUUCUCCCAGUGUUAAGACCUGAUAACUUUUAUUUAUAAUCUUAGAUAUUAGUUUGAAAGCUCAGACCCUAAACUGUAAUACACUGAUCAGCAGCUCAUAACCCUUA